AUGGAAGUGAGGAUUGGUGUCAUCGAGGCAGCGGCGUUUGAUGGUCUGGAGAAGGCGCUGCUGGGUGACGGCAGCAGCGCCUUCGACUUCCUUCGCCCUCGACCUGGAAUUGAAGUGACAUUGAAAGGCAUCCAGCGGCCAGUACAGCUCUUCGACUUCAAGCAGCACGAGCGGUACUAUCUCCACUCAGCAGUCUUCACGACAAUGGCGGUAUAA